UCGGGGAGGGGGGGGGACAAGGUGAAGACAACAGGACAGCGGACGGAGUUUCUUUAGUGGGAAAGCGGUGUGUGUGUCUGUGCGUGUGUGUGUGGAGGUCCAGACGAGGACAGUCGAAGCGCGCCGGCUGUUUGCUCCGUCGUGCGUCCUGGACACGAUUCCUGAGCUGCGUCCUGCCCGUUCAUUACCCUUUCCAUGAAAUUGGGUGGACAGAUAGGAGUUCUUAAAGGGACCGGUCGAUUAGAUUUUGAUGGUCAUCUGGGAUUUUCACCAACAGGCGAGGAGAGGAUUUUCAAGCCAAGACAGAAUUAAAAGGUGCUGGUGAGACCAGUGGAUGCCAUUCCCUACAGAGGGAACACUGAAGGAACACCAUGGCCUUAGCGGGAUGCCCUGACUACUUCUUACGUCACCCAAACUACCAGGAGAGCAUGGACCGCACUUCCUCUCGCCGGCCUGAGGAGCUGAUUGUUCCAGGCUUUCAGCGUUCGGCCAAUCAAAAUUUGCCACAUCACCAUGACGACGAUGUGGACCUGGAGCAGCUGGUGAAUGAGAUGAACUCCUCCAUGGAGAGUGUGUACUCGACACAGGCAGACACGGCGCUUCUCUUGAACAAUGGCCACAUGCACACUCCGCACAAUCAUCACCACCAUGUGCACGCUGCCUACCCCGGACACAGCCAGGCCCACCGUCGCCACACCCCGCCCCUGCCCCCUUCCUCUCCUUCCAGGGAGAGGCUGCGGCACUCUCAGCCCAUGCACAUCCAGGCCGUCAGGUGCCUGCAGGAAGAGCAGCAGCUGCGCCCAGCCUCCUUGCCAGCCAUCCCUAACCCUUUCCCUGAGCUCUGCAGCCCAGCAGGCUCCCCUGUUCUCAGCCCCAUACAGACCUCUGACAACCACAUAGUGAAGGUGUGGAGUGAAGAUGGGGCCGGUAAAGUGGUGGAGAUCCCAGCAGACAUGACGGCCAGAGACGUCUGCCAGCUCCUGGUCUACAAGAGCCACUGUCUGGACGACAAUGCUUGGACGCUUGUGGAGCACCACCCCAUCCUCGGCCUUGAGAGGUGUCUGGAGGACCACGAGCUGGUGGUUCAGGUUCAGGCCUCCAUGAGCAGCGAAAGUAAAUUCCUCUUCAGGAAGAACUAUGCCAAAUAUGAAUUCUUCAGGAACCCCCUGAACUUUUUUCCAGAGCAGAUGGUGGCUUGGUGUCAGGAGUCUGAUGGCUCAAUCCCUCAGUCACAGCUCCUACAGAACUUUCUGAACUCCAGCAGCUGUCCAGAGGUUCAGGGCUAUCUGUACAUGAAGGAGCCUGGACGCAAGUCCUGGAAGAAGCUCUACAUGUUCCUGCGUCGCUCGGGUCUCUACUGUUCUACUAAAGGAACAUCCAAGGAGCCCCGGCAUCUGCAGCUGCUGUCAGAUCUGGAAGACAGUAACAUCUUCACCAUCAUCACAGGCAGAAAACUUCACAAUGCCCCCACAGACUACCAGUUCUGCAUCAAGCCCAGCAAAGCGAGGAGUGACUGUAAGGAGCUAAAGAUGCUGUGUGCAGAGGACGAACAGAGCAGGACCUGCUGGAUGACUGCCUUCAGACUGCUCAAAUAUGGGAUCGUACUGUAUCAGAGCUACAGCAUCCCCCAGCAGAGGAAGUCUAACCUUUCGCCUUUCUCGGCGCCUGUGCGGAGUGUAUCUGAGAACUCCUUGGUCGCCAUGGACUUCUCGGGACGGACCGGUCGCGUCAUCGACAACCCCGUCGAGGCCCAGAGCGCCGCCCUGGAGGAGGGACAGACCUGGAGGAAGCGGAGCCAGCGUAUGAAUGUCCUGGGCAGUCCCAGCCCCCUGCACCCUUCCUCCCUGAGCACAGUGAUCCACAGGACACAGGUAUGGUUUCAUGGUCGCAUCAUGAGAGAGGAAGCCCACAAAAUGAUCAUCCAACAAGGCCAAGUAGACGGGUUGUUCCUGUUGCGGGACAGUCAAAGUAAUCCCAAGGCAUUCGUGCUCACCUUGUGCCACCACCAGAAGAUCAAGCACUUCCAGAUCCUACCGUGUGAGGAGGACGGACAGGUGUUCUUCAGCCUCGACGACGGCGCCACCAAGUUCACCGACCUGAUUCACCUGGUGGAGUUCUACCAGCUCAACAGAGGAGUGCUGCCCUGCAAACUCAAACACCCUUGCACCGCCGUGGCCUUGUGACACUCCACCCCUCCCCCACACACACACCUCCACCCUUUUUUUGCACACCUUUCACCCUGAAACCCUCCCCCCACCCCCCAACUCCUUCCGCCCUCUGCCCCCUCCCUCACCAAUGCAACGAGGCUGGGGAGACAGAGAAAAGUUAAGUCAAGUUUUGGGGAAGUGAACAACUCGAGCAGGAGCCGGCAUUUCAAGUUUGAUGUCCUCAGCGCACCGUGCUUUUCUCCGCCUUACCGCUGUUUGGAUG